AAAAAGAGUAAUGCAAAAUAAUUGAGACACAGCUGCGCAAAACACAACGAAGCCCCAUUUAUAAUCAAACAUUUUUUAAGUUGUUGCUUAUACAAAUCAGAAAAAAAAUGGGUGUCUGUUUAUCCUGCUGUGGCAAUAGCGCCGAGGAAGCGAAUCUGAUGCCGUCGCCGGAGGAACGUCGUCAGCAACAAUUGGAAGCGGCAGAACGCAGACGUCUUGAGAAUGAAUCGCGUGGUGUUAAAAAUCCACAAAGCGUACGCCGACAGCAGCAAAGAGCAGAGGAUCUGGAACGCAGGGAGGAGGAGGCAGCACGUCAAGGAGGUGCUAAUCCCAAUUUGAGGUGGCAGACCAGCUAAAAGUUGUUCCCGUGGCCGUGCACUGAAAAUUGGCCCCUUUUGUUAUCACCGUAUACCUUAUCAUUAUAAUAUGUGUACCGUGCAUUUUGUAUAUUCUUGUAUAUUCGUACCGUGCAUAAGCGGUCUUAUGGUCUUUAGUGUGGCAGCUACAAGAAUAUCCAGUGUCAAUUAGAUAUGGCGCUGGAUAAAGUGUAUUGCUACAUUUUAAAAGUACGUAUCUAUGUAUUAUAUAUUUAAGAAACUAUGUACUAAAAUAAAAA